AUGGCAAGGCCAGGUGCGGUCGACUCGGACGAUGUCGAUGUGGGCAUCUGGAAGGAUGUGUACGGAGCGUGGGUUGCGAGUCUGCCACCGGGUGUACCGGUGGCGUACGCGAUUGCCAUGCGCAAGGUCCUUGCGCGGAUUGUGGCGUGCGCAGGUGCCGAGGACACGAUCUUGACUGGCCGCCCGUGGCCCGAUCUGGCGUACUUGUGGCGCAACCUGGAGGUUCCGGUCCCGCUCUCACUGGCCACUCUUUAUCGAUGGGUGGGCGGGCAGAAGAAUCUCCUGCAGGUUGAUGCCAAUGACUCGGCACGACGUAGCGCUGUCUCUACCGCGUUGUUCGGCGGGCGCUCGGUAGCACGGCCGUAUGUGAUGGCGCUGAUCACUCCUGAUGCGGUUGAUAUGUUUGAGGACAACGUGGUCUUUGCGCAAUCUUUCUUUCCGCAGCGAAUGUAUGCUGUCGACCGCAGGUCGGGCAUUCCUCGCGUCCACGGCUCCUGGGGAGGUAGCUUUGCCUACGAUCUGGCACCUCCGCGGGCGGCCAGCGCAGACCGCUGGAGCCCAGACGAGCCGCUGCUUGCGUGGCUGACAUCGUUUGCUAACCAGCUUGAUGCUGGUCACAUCGCCCACGACUCUCUAGUCUCAGAACCCGAGCCUGGGGUCAUCAAACCGCUCUCCCACUUUCCCGCUGCCGGCCCAUACUUUGGCUCGGCGCGGGCAGCUGGGAUUGUUGUCGAGCUGGCUCUCCUUUGUGCCCCGGCCACCGAGACCGGAUGGGAGUAUUUGGUCAAGAUCUACUUGGAUCCCAGCGACGGAGACGCCAUCGGAACCCGUUUUGCCCUUGCCGGCGUGCAGUUCCUUUAUUCCGAUACCGAUGCCAUCGUGGAGCAGGCGCGCCUCAACGGGCUAGUGCCUACGGUCGAUCCGGUCGACGGACGGCCAUCUCGCGCCUCAUCAUGGCAAACAUCAGCCAUUCUUCCCGGCGACGUUCCGCUCGCCGGCAGCGUCUCCCUCGUCGUCCAGUUUGUUUCUGAUCCUGGCGGUGGCGAGGCAUCAGUCACGACCGGUGCAGAGGUGAUUACCAUCGUUGUAGAGAACGUGUCCCUCGAGCGCCCAUUGUUUCUGUAUUGA